AACGGAAUCCCCCAACGAAAUCCCUAUCGUUUUCUAUAGAUAAUAAUUAAUAUCCUUUGAAAGAGAUGAAUUGUGCUACUAUUUUGAUUAGAUGGGCUGGGCUGGGCUUGGCCUUGUCAUAUAAGAUUUGGGUCUCAAGGAAGCCCAACCCAAAGGAAGGUGCUAGUGACCUCACUGGACUGGAGGGGAUCCACACCCGCCCUGGACUUACCAGAAAUAACUGUCUCAACGGUCGCCUCUAUCGUUUCCCACAUGGAAGUGACUGUAAGAGCGAGAAAGGCAAUACCAAAACCAGAUCGAGGAACUGAUAUAUAUAUAUAUAUAUAUAUAGAGAGAGAGAGAGAGAGAGAGAGAGAGAGAGAGAGAGAGAGAGUCGUUUCGUAAUGGUUGGGUCAGGAAAAUUAGCUCUGUAUCCCACUAAAAUAGCAAGAAAAUCAGGUGUGGUUGUUGAGAUGAACAACUCUUAUCUCUCUCUCUCUUUAAGAUAGGAUCGUUUUCAACGAAUCAGCGCCCGCCAGAUUAUUUCUCAAGGGUUCGUCGAUCUUUCUGGCGGCUCCGAUUUCGUUUAUGAGAACCUUCUAUUUCCUUCAGAUUUAAGUAGUGUGUCUGUAGAUUCGACUGCCCUGAUAGCGUGCAUUUUCCACAUGUGCUUGCGAAUUUGUUUGCUUUGAAGUCCAGAAAUUUAUGCAAAUUUAGUCUUCGGGUGAAUGGCUGAUAGAGCAAUGGUGUCUCCUAAUAAUGCUCGGGAGCCAUACUUUCCGCCUCUUCUAGCCAGACAAUGCUCUCUGUAUAAUCUCACCUUCGAUGAGGUUCAGAGACAACUGGGAAACAUAGGAAAACCUUUGAAUCGUAUGAAUUUGGAUGAGUUAUUAAGGAAUGUGAUAUUGGUUGAAGAGGGCAGGCUCGUGCAAAACAAUUCUUCUUCUUCCUCGUCAUCUGCUUCAUUCUUUCUUGGGAAUCUUAAUUUGAAUGGAACUUUGAGUAGGAAGACUGUCGACGAGGUAUGGAAGGAAAUUGUUCACCGGCAGCAUGUGAAUGAGGUGGCCAACCAGUCGGUACACCAACAACUAACACUUGGAGAAACAACACUCGAGGAGUUUCUAGUUCGUGCUGGGGUCAUUAAUCCUCAGCCAAUAAUGGCAAUUGAUCCGAUGGUAAUGGUGUCUCCGCAGACGAAUUGGUUGCCAUUUCAAAUGGCGGCUGUCCAACAGCAGGAGCUGCAGAUGACAGUGCUGGAUUCAAAUUUCAAUGUUUCUGAAUCGGUUUAUGAGAACCCGGUUGUGGAUAUGGGUUUCUCUGAGAACCAACUGGCCAUGCCAGCACCAAUGCCAUCAAUAUCAUCGACAUGUUCAGAUUCUCAUCUAGCUGCCCAAAGAAAGCUCAGAUGUUCAGAUGUAAUGGAGAAGACUAUUGAGAGGAGACAGAAGAGGAUGAUCAAGAACCGGGAGUCGGCUGCUAGGUCAAGGGCAAGGAAGCAGGCUUACACCCAACGGUUGCUGCAAGAUGUGUCUGACCUAACGGAAACAAACAACUUGCUCAAAAGGCAAAAGACAUGUGGGAUCUUAUUAACCACACCACAUUCUAUACUCAGCUUGAGGAAUUAUGCCUUAUCUUAACAACAUUGUCACCUCUUUGAUCAAUAGAUUGGCAGGUAACCUUUAAAGAUUAGCAAGUUUCUUUCUGAAAGGUUGGUUCUAUAGUGUUCUUGAGAUUUCAUAAAGUAUAUUACUUUCCAGACACUAGACAGCCCCAAAGUGUACAUGACCUAGGGGCAAACAGGCAACUAACUUGGUAGAUUGGAAGUACCCUUGCAGGAAACUCGAGAGCCAGCCAAAGCCAAAGACCUAAGGUAUCAUACCAAUAUGAUUGCAAGAAGCUGUACAUAAUUUUCAGUAGAGAGGAUCUUCUAAAACCAGAACCAAAUAUCUGGACUUUAGGCAAUCCAUAAUUUUUUGUAAUGUGAGCAAUGCGAUUAAUCUUGGUGGAAUAGCUUGGCUGUGCUUGCCUAAGUAUCCUAGACCAUCCUAAUGGUGAUAUAUUUCAAUGUUGUUGUGGAUCUGGGUUCUAUAUUGUUGGAAGAACUCAAUGUGUGACCGUUGAAAAUAAAGCAAUCAUUUCAGGAUGGUAUAGCACCAUCAUUCCCUUUGAGACUCCACUAUCUGUUGUCGACAUUUUGUCAACAAUAUGCCGUUUAUAUGACCUAUUUACUAAAGUGCCUAAUUCACCCAAGCCAAGAUAGGAAAAACCAAUUUC